AUGGAUUGCUCGAUGACGAGCAGCGUGCUUUCGGCCAACUACAACACGAUCCUGUUCGAGUUCGGGGUGACGCUGGUGUCGAGCAAGAUCCUGUACGCGCUCCUCCGCAAGCUGUACCAGCCGCGCGUCUUCUCCGACCUCCUCCUCGGCAUCCUUUUGGCGCAGUUCCGCAUCCUCUCCGUCACCAACGCCAUCAAUCUCGUCUUCGCCAAGCUCGGCCCCUUCGUCUUCGCCCCCUACCUCUUCGCCCUCGGCGUCGAGAUGGACCCCUUCGCGCUCCUCCUCGACGCCGCCGCCGUCGUCGCCUACGCCGGGAUCCUCUCCACCGCCGCCCUCGCCGCGCUGCUCCACUCCGCCGUCGUCCUCCCCGUCACCGGCUUCGUCCACGAGAACUCCCUCCGGGCCUUCCUCGGCCUCGCCGCCGUGCUCGCCAACACGGCCUCGCCCGUGCUCACGCGGCUCGCCACGGACCUCAAGAUCGCCAAGACAAACGUCGGCCGCCUGGCGGUCGGCGCCGGGGUGACCUCCGACAUGGUCACCACGCUGCUCAUCGCGCUGGGAAGCAUGGUGUGGCGCGACGGCGACGCCGACGCCGUGACCUCGAGCGCCUACCUGGCGCAGCCGGUGCUGACGGGGGCGGCGUUGCUGGCCGUGGCCAUGUCCGGGUUCGCGUCUCGGGCCAUGGCGGAGUGGGUGGACGGGCGGAACCCGGAAGGCCGGCGGAUGCGCGGCUUCGACCUGUCGCUCGUGGCGCUCGCCGCCGCCGCCAUGUGCUGGGUCGUGUCGGCGCUGCGGCUGGACUUCAAUAUGGCGGCGUUCAUGGUGGGGCUGGCGUUCCCCAGCGAAGGCCGGGUGUCGAGGCUGCUGGUGAGCAAGACCAACUUCGUGCUCAGCUCCUUCGUGCUGCCGCUCUACGUGGCGCACGUGUGCCUGUCGCUCCGGCAGACCACGGACGACAUCGAGGCGGCCGGGAUCGAACCGGACAGCCAGGUGUUCCGCAUCUACGUCAUGCAGCUGCCGUUCCCGUGGUGGAAGGUCUUGUUCGCCACGGCCAUGGGCACGCUGGGCAAGCUCGCCGGCUGCGCGGGCGUCGGGCUGUUGAAAGGGCUCGGGUGGCUGGAGGCGCUGGCGCUGGGGAUGCUGCUCAACGUCAAGGGCUACUUCCACAUCUACUGCGCGCUGGCGGCGUUCGAGGCCGGGAUCAUCACGGACAAGGCCUUCAUGGCGCUCAUCUUCAUGGUGGCGCUCAACGUGGCCGUCACGCCCGUGGUCGGCAUGGGCAUCGCGUCCUGGGCGCGCCGGACCGUGCAGUGGCGCCUCAUGGGGCUGCAGCACCACGACCCGGCCACCGAGCUCCGCCUCGUGGUGGGGCUCCACGGCGCCCAGGACGUGCCGACGCUGGCGUUCCUGGUGGAGUCCCUGCGGAGCAACGGCGGCGGCGGCGGCGGGAGGUCCCUGGCGUGCUACGCCGUGGACAUGGUGCAGCUGACGGACCAGACGGCGGCGGCCAUCGUGAAGGGCGGCGGGUUCGACGGCGUGACGGUGGUGGACGAGGAGGUGUCGGAGAUGCGCAAGCUCAUCGGCGAGGCCCUGGACGCGUACAUCAGCAGCGACGUCAAGGUGCGCCGGCUUCUGGCGCUGUCGUCGUUCCAGGACAUGCACAGCGACAUGUGCAUCUGCGCCGAGGACGCCAUGGCGGCGCUCAUCCUGCUCCCCUUCCACAAGGCCCAAUGCCUGGACGGCACCAUGGACGCCGCGGGGCUCCACUACGGGUUCCGCCUGGUGAACCAGAAGGUGCUGCAGCUCGCGCCAUGCUCCGUGGGGAUCAUGGUGGACCGCGGCCUCGGCCGGCUUCAACAGCAAAAUCAACAACAGCAAAACCAGACGCCGGUGAAUGUGAUGGUGGUGUUCAUCGGCGGCGCGGACGACAGGGAGGCGCUGACGCUGGCGGCGUUCGUCUGCAAGCACCCCGGGAUCCGUCUGACGGCGCUGCGGAUCGUGCAGAGCGCGGCGGCGCAGGCGAGGGCGAAGGCGAGGACGAGCCUGUUCGAGUCCAAGAGCCGGCGGAACAUCCUGCACCUGCAGGCGGCGGCGUCGAACGAGGAGCUGCAGGCGCAGGCGGACGACAAGUUCUUCGCGGAGUUCUACCGGAAGCACGUGGCCGGGAACAAGGGCGGCGUGGGGUACCUGGAGAAGCACGUGGCGGACGGCGCCGAGCUCGUGUCGGUGCUCAGGGGGAUGCAGGGGGACUACCGGCUCUUGGUCGUCGGCAAGGGGAGGGACCGGAACUCGGUGCUCACGGAAGGGCUGGACGAGUGGGCCGAGUGCCUCGAGCUCGGCCCAGUCGGCGACAUCCUCGCCUCCUCCGACUUCUCCGCCACCGCCUCCGUCCUCAUCGUCCAGCAGUACGACGCCAAGAAGCACUACAAGGUCAUCGACGACGAGUUCAUGCCCCUGUAA